AUGCGCGCCAUUGUAUUCGUCGGCCUUCUGGCUUUAGCGGCGGCAGCCGAAAAGGUCUCGUUUGACAACUACAGAGUUUAUCGGGUUAUCCCUGCGUCAGCCGAGCAUCUGAAUAUUCUGAAGAAACUGGAGAGUGCAAACGACGAGUAUUCCUACUGGAAAGGACCUUCGCAAGUAUUUCGUCCAGUGGACCUUAUGGUAUCACCGGGUCAACAAGCUAACUUCACCGCGUUGAUGGAUGCCGCGGACAUGAGAUAUACGACCUACAUCGAGAACGUGCAGAGUCUCAUUGACCGAGAGGAGUCGGAAAAUCGCGCCUCUACUGGUGCUUUCAAUUGGACACGUUACCACGACUUGAACGAAAUUUACGAUUGGCUCCAUGCCGUCGCUGAGGCUUAUCCCGACACGGUGAAAGUGGUGGACGCCGGGGGCAGUAGCGAGGGACGCCUGAUCAAGGGCGUGAAGCUGAACUUCGGCGCGAGCAAGAAACCCGGGGUGUUCAUCGAAGGUGGCAUUCACGCGCGAGAGUGGAUCUCGCCGGCCACCGUCACUUACCUCGUCAAUGCCCUCCUGACCAGCCGCCAGCCAGAGGUGCGCGAGCUCGCCGAGGCUUACGACUGGUACAUAUUCCCCGUCUUCAAUCCGGACGGCUACGUUUACACGCGCACGACCAAUCGAUUCUGGCGUAAAACGAGGGUAAUGAGGAACUUUAGUUCUUGCCAUGGCGUCGACGCCAACCGCAAUUGGGGCUACAAAUGGAUGCAGGGCGGCGCGAGCGAUAACCCUUGCGACGAGACUUACGCCGGACCAAACGCUUUCUCCGAGAUCGAGACCGAGUUGAUGGCCGAGUACAUCAGCUCCAUUGGCCACAAGCUUUUUGCCUACAUCGCUUUCCACAGCUACUCGCAGCUGCUACUCUUCCCAUAUGGAAACACCCCCGAACACCUCGACAACUACGAAGAAGAAAAAACGAUGGGCCUGGCAGCGAUCGACGCGCUGAGCAAGCGAUACGGAACCUCGUACACGACUGGCAAUAUACCCGAGAUAUUGUACAUUGCCACCGGAUGCUCCAUGGACUGGGUUAAGGACACUUUCCGAUUGCCGGUCACCUACACCUACGAGCUUCGGGACCAAGGUGCCAGCGGUUUCCUGUUGCCGGCGGAACAAAUCAUACCCAACGGCGAGGAAGUCGUGGACUCUCUGGUAGCGCUCUUCAAGACGGCCGCCACGCUCGGCUAUCCGUCCAAGGCUCGACCCUAA